CGGCGGCGACCGGGGGGGGGGCGCCGCUCGGAGUUAGCCAAAGGCGGUGCACGAUGGCCGGUAACAACGUAAUGGACCCGCGGCGGCCAAAUCGCGUUCUCAGAUACAAACCUCCAUCCACAGAGAAUAACCCUACCCUGGAAGACCCCACACCAGACUACAUGAAUCUACUGGGAAUGAUUUUCAGUAUGUGUGGCUUGAUGCUGAAGCUAAAGUGGUGUGCCUGGAUUGCUGUCUACUGUUCAUUCAUCAGCUUUGCCAACUCUCGGAGUUCAGAAGAUACCAAACAGAUGAUGAGCAGCUUCAUGUUGUCUAUCUCGGCUGUAGUGAUGUCCUAUCUGCAAAACCCACAACCCAUGUCUCCUCCUUGGUGAAAGGUUAUUGUCUCUCUUCAGAGCUCCUCUUGCAAAGCAGAGGUGCACGCCCUCAACAGAGAGGACUAUUUUCUCCGGCAAUGCAGAUCCAUUUGCACAUGUCUUGGGAGUACUCAUUUUGCUGCAUUAAUAAAGUGAUGGUUAUUAGA